ACCUGCAGUCAUUCAGUCGAAAAUAUCCCCUCACAAGGUUGUGUCGUGCGUUGCUUUAUUUUGAUUUGUGAGUAAAAUAUUGAACUUACGACCCUGUUAAAUUCAUUAGUUAUACAGUCUAAUGUACAGUGCUUAUUGAUUCCGUUGUUUCGAAGACACCACAAUGGGCUUCCUGGAAGAGAGGGACAUAGAAGAUGUUCCUUCUAUCAAAGAGUAUUACAAAGGCAAGACCAUCUUCAUUACGGGAGGAUCUGGUUUCAUGGGCAAAGUUUUGAUCGAAAAGUUACUCUACUCCUGCACAGAUUUGGACAGAAUAUAUCUUCUGCUGAGAGCUAAGAAAGGCGUUGACCCUGAAAAAAGAUUGGCAGCUAUAUACUCUUCUAUGUGCUUCAACCGUCUUCGCAAGGACAGACCUGGUGUUUUUGAAUCAAAGGUCUUCUUCAUCGCUGGUGACUGCAGUGAAAUUGGAUUGGGGAUGUCAGAAGAAGACCGUGCGUUGAUAGUCAACCGCUGCCAAAUAAUAUUCCAUGUCGCUGCCAGUGUCAGGUUUGAUGACUCAUUGAAAGUGGCUGCACGACUCAAUCUACGAGGAACAAAAGAACUCAUUGACAUGGCAAAGGAUGUGAAGAAUUUAGAGGUUUUGGUCCACGUGUCAACAUCAUACGCUAACACCAACAGAGUGAGUAUUGAUGAAGUCGUAUACCCACCACAUGCUGACUGGAGAGACACCCUCAACGUCUGUGAAUCCUUCGACGAUGCCACUUUAAACUCACUCACACCAAAGUACUUAGGAGAACUGCCAAACACGUACGUAUUUACGAAACAGCUAGCGGAGCACGUUGUUUACGAGCAGAAAGGAAAAAUGCCAAUUGUCAUCAUGCGGCCAUCUAUUGUCAUAUCCAGUAUUGAAGAACCAGCUCCUGGAUGGAUUGAAAACCUGAAUGGACCAGUAGGAAUUUUACUUGCCAGUGGAAAAGGUAUUCUGCGUAGCGUCUACACGGAUCCCGAUCUCGUAGCAGACUACAUGCCAGUGGACAUCGCAAUAAAGAUUUUCAUAGCUGGCGGAUGGUUGCGGGGAUCUAAAAAAUUAGAACCGACUGAUGACAUUGAGGUAUAUAACUGCUCAGCUGGCAACAUAAAGACGAUGACAAUUGGCGAAAUUGUUAAAUACGGCAAAGAGGUGAUCAUUGAAGAGACACCACUCGAUGGAAUGCUUUGGGCUGUCGGGGGAUCAAUUACUAAAUCUAGAUUUGAGUACAAUCUUAAGGUUAUAUUGUUACAUUUACUGCCAGCAAUAUUAGUAGACAUAAUCUUACGAUUAACAGGAAAUCCAACUAUGCUCGUGAAACUCCAACGGCGUAUUUAUUCAGCCAACAUUGCAUUGAACUAUUAUAUAACCCAGCAAUGGCUUUUCAUCAACAAAAAUAUACUGGAUUUGCGAGCGAAGAUCAAGCCUGACGAUAAGAAGGACUUCUUCUAUGAAAUGGAAACGGUGGACCGCCUUGAUUACUUUAAAAAGGCAUGUAUCGGAGGCAAAGAGUUUAUUCUGAAAGAAAAGCUUGAAGAUUUGCCAAAAGCAAAGGCCCACCUUAAAAGAAUGAAGCUGUUAGACAAGUUUGUUCGGUACUCGUCAUACGGUGCAAUUUGCUGGUACCUCUACACCAGCGGUCUUGUAAUUCGUAUUUUACAAUGGAUGUACAACACAUUGAUUGGUAUAUAAUUAAUUGCAUUGCUAAUAAAAUAUUCGGAAAA